GAAAUAUAAAUUGUUCAUAGUUGUAACGGAAAAUCAACCGGCCAAAAUAAACAACCUGCAAAAUAAAAUUGUUAUUUAAUUGUUUAAUUUAAUUAUUUUUUUAAAUUUGUAGCUUUAAUAAUGGCUACUUGGAAUCAAAUACAAUCGCAAUUAAGGCACCCUAAUAAUCCUGUUGUGUUUUUUGAUAUAACAAUCGGAUCAACUGAAGUUGGAAGAAUGAAGAUGGAGCUUUUUGCUGAUAUAGUGCCUAAAACUGCUGAAAAUUUUAGGCAGUUUUGUACUGGUGAAUAUAAAAAAGAUGGUGUGCCCAUUGGUUUCAAAGGAUGUAUAUUUCACAGAGUAAUUAAAGAUUUUAUGAUACAAGGUGGUGAUUUUGUUAAUGGUGAUGGAACAGGUGUGAUGAGCAUAUAUGGUGCUACUACUUUUGUAGAUGAAAACUUUAAACUGAAACAUGAUGGGCCUGGUUUGCUUUCAAUGGCAAAUAGUGGUAAGGAUACGAAUGGAUGUCAAUUCUUCAUAACGUGUGCGAAAUGUGAUUUUCUUGAUGGCAAACAUGUAGUAUUUGGACGAAUUUUAGAUGGACUUUUAGUUAUGAGAAAGAUUGAAAAUGUUCCAACUGGUCCUAACAAUAAGCCAAAGAUUCCUGUUAUAAUUUCACAGUGUGGUGAAAUGUGAAGAAGGAAACUUUAACAAUUUCUGUUGUAAAUAGUGUGAAUAAACUUUUUAUAUAUUUUG